AUGGUAUCAGAGCCUGGUGAGCCUAACAACACUUCCAAUCCAAUGGCAUCAACUACUACUGCAGCAAAUAGUGCUACACUAGCCCUACUUGAAGUCAUUCAUAUUAACUCAACCACUCAACUCCCACUUGAACCAAACAGUAGCAACUUUCCCUUCUGGUAUCUUCAGUUUGAUACAUUUUUAAUUGGUCUAGACUUGAUACGCUUCGUUAAUGGUACUCAUCCUUGCCUUGCAUCAACCACCACCAUCAAAGACACUAUUGUUUCCAAUCCAGGAUACUCAAAAUGGAUCAGACAGGAUAAACUGAUAUCAAUCACCGAAUCAGUGACACCAAUGAUAGCAACUUCCAAGACUUCAUAUCAAGCAAUGACAAAGCCGACCAAUCUAUUUGCUAGCAAGACCAAAUUGAGAAUCACGUCACUCAAGAAAAAACUGUCCUUGUAUACACAAGGAGACAAAUCAGUGGUCGAAUAUAUGCAAGCAAUGAAAAGUAUUGCAGAUCAGCUGUCUCUGGGACAAGCACCAAUAGCAGAAGAUGACCUGAUAUCUUCGUUCUCAAUGGAUCUGGGUUGGAGUUCAGAGAAAUUUCAACAGCAAUAA